AUGAGCGACGCACCGGCGCAACAACCCGCGCGCAAGCUCACCAAGCGCGAGAAGAAGGCGCUCGAGUUCCGCGCGAAGAAGAAGGGCAAGGCGGUCGCGCCGAGCUUCGAGGACGAGGUUGCUGAGAUUGAGGAACGGGAGAACGGUGGACUGGACGCGGAGGAGGAGGAACAGGUGAAGAGCAAGGGCGACAAGGGGUCGAAGAAGCGGAGACGGGACGAUGAGGAAGAGGCGAAAGCGGAGGACGCGGCUGCGAACGAGGGCGAGGAGGAUCAACCGAAGAAGAAGAAGCGGCAACGUGGCAAGACAAAGGCUCAGCGGGAGAGAGAGGCGAGGGAGGCAGCGGCGAACGGAGAGGGAGGGGAGGGGCAUCACCGUCUGCUGCUCUUCGUCGGCAACAUGCCCUACACGAUCACGGUCGACGAGAUCAAGAAGCACUUUGAGCCAUGCGGCGAAGUCCCAACCGUCCGCCUCCUCACGCCCAAGAACGCCUCCUCCGACUCUUCCUCGAAACCCGCCUCCAAAGGCUGUGCCUUCCUCGAAUUCACCUCCGCCACCGCCCUCCAAUCCGCUCUCCGCUUACACCACUCGACCCUCUCCUCUCGCAAGAUCAACGUCGAGUUGACCGCCGGAGGAGGCGGAAACUCUGCGACUCGCCGUGCGAAAAUCGAGGAGCAAAGGAAGAAGUUGAAUACUGAGAGGGAGAAGGCGGCGAAGAACAAGAGAAUGAAGGAGGGCGAGCGCGAGGAUGGGAACAAGACGGGGAGGUGGAAGUUGGCUGCUGAGAAGCAGAAGAACGGUGGAGAGGGCGGCGAGGGAGCGGCUGAGGCGAGCGGCGAUGCGAAGGGCGCAAAGGGCGGAAAGAAGGUCAGGGACAGGCGGUUGAAGCCUGGAGCGCAGAAGGACGAGGCGGCGAAGCAGAAGAAGGCGGAGGCGUGGGCGCUCAAGGCGUCGACCGGCGCCAAUGCCAUCAAGCUUGCGAGUGGGUGGGGCAACAAGGCCAAGUAG